GACUUGCAUACCUAAUACCAGCCUCUCAUUAGGCUAUAUAAACAAGAGAAAUAUCAAGUGCCAACAUAUCUCUAUCAUUCACUUACAUACAACAAUGCCAAGGGGAAAGUUAAAACUAGAACCCAUAACUGAUAACAUUGCAAGGAACCAAAGUUUCAAGAAGAGGAAGAAAGGUAUUAUCAAGAAAGUCAACGAGCUGGCUACUCUCUGUGGUGUCAAAGCUUGUGCGGUUAUCAACAGCUGCGACAAUACGGAGCCGGAGUUUUCCCCGUCAAAGGAAGGCGCUAGAGAAGUGUGCUUGAAGUUUCUGAAUGUUCUGCCGGAGCAACGGUACAAGAAGAUGUAUGACCAAGAGAGGUAUCUGUGGGAGAGGAUCCAGAAAGGAAGAGAGAAACUGAUGAGGAUAGAUGAAGAGAAUCGAGAGAUUGAGGUUCAAGAGGUUAUGUUCGAUCUUCUCAAGGGGAAAGCGAUGUCGCCGCAUCACUAUUCUGAUCCAGAUGCAUCUGGUCCUGUUGUUGGUGAUGUGGACCCUUUUGCUGUCGGAACCGAGGGUUUGGUAAGUAACCCUACUGAAGUUUAUCAUCAUAUGCGUCAAUAUGAUGGUAUGGAUAUGAGUGUGAAUGAGCAGGCUCAUGGUGGUUCUAAUGAUCAUGUUCAUCAUCAGAAUAUGAAUCUUCAAGAACCAUUUCAAUACCAAUCUCUUGGUAACUUUUAUGAUCAGACCCAGCCUAGGUUCAACGGUUCGAGCCAGGACAUGUAUACAUGUUUGAGUCUUGAUCAGGGACAGAGUUCAAAUCAGUAUCCAAAUCAACACCAAUCGUUGUUGAUGGGACAACCUCAGCAGAUGAGUGAUGUUCAAGCCAGCGUUGCUUCAAUGGACGACAACAGCUACUGCUACCACCAAUUACCAAUCACCAGUCAGAUGCCUGUCACAACCACCACCACCGCCGCACCUGCCGCCGAUCUUUCUGAUCAUAGCAUCGAUAAUAAGUGUUUGGACUGAAAUGUUUGCGUUUGUAUUUCUGAAAUUUCACAUUGUAAUGAUUAAAGGUUUUUGCCUUUAAAUCAGUUAUGCUAUUAUAUAUCAUUGUCUGGCAAUAUUGUAUCGUCUACCAUAUUGUCUUUGGAAGUU